AUGACUACUAAAUCAAAUCUAAAAAGAAUUCGAGAGACCAUUCUUACAGAUAAUGAUAACAAUAAUGAAUUUGAUGACACUGUUUUUGAAGAUGACGAAUCGAAUUCUGAUUCUGAUUAUUCUCCAUCUGGAACAGAAUCUGAUGAUAUAUCCACUGAUGAAUGUAUUUUGAAAGAAGAUGAUUCAUCUGAUUCUCACAUUAGUGAUGAUGACAUAAGCACCAAUACUCAACCUGAAUCAGUAGAAAAAGGUGGUGUUACGUGGUCAAUAAACAAUAGUAAAGAUCAUGGUCGUCUUCGUGCCACCAGUAUAAUGAAGAAGAAACCAGGUGCUAUUACUGCUGUUUAUACAAUAGAAGAUGCGUUCAAGCUCUUCUUCAUAAAUGAUAUAUUAGACACAAUUGUAUUACAUACAAACAAUUAUGCAAGAAGAUAUUUUGAUCAACAAAACCAAAGACGAUUAAAUACUGAUGUUCAUCAUUCAAAAUUAAUCAAAUGGAAAGAACUCGAUCGUAUAGAAUUAGAAGCAUUUCUCGGUUUACUAAUUCAAGCUGGUGUUAGUCACACUAACCAUCAAUCGGUCGAAGAAUUAUGGGAUAUCAGUAAAAGUUGUCCUAUAUUUCAUGCAACGAUGUCAUUAAAACGUUUUCAACAUCUCUUGAGGUUCAUUCGAUUUGAUGAUCGUCAACAACGCGAUAAAUCAGACCGACUUGCCCCAAUUCGAUAUGUUUUUGAAUCUUUCGUCAAGCAACUUCCUCGACAUUUCAUUCCAAGUGAGAACGUAACUGUUGAUGAACAAUUGGCUCCAUUUCGUGGUCGAUGUUCAUUCGUACAAUAUAUGCCAAACAAGCAAAACAAAUACGGCAUCAAGUUUUGGGUCUUAUCUGAUGUUGAUAGUCGAUACGUUUUAGCAUUAGAAUUAUAUACUGAAGAAAACAUAAUCGUAUCCUAUCAAGCAAAAGAAAAAAAACCACCGAUUAUUUUAUUAUCUACAUUACAUAAUUUUCCUGAAUUAUUAGAUGAUGAGAAGAAACUUCCUACUAUGAUUCACGAUUACAAUCAAACAAAAUUCGGAGUUGAUAUUAUAGAUCAAUGCAUUGGUACAUAUACAGUUCGUCGAGUAACUAAAAGAUGGCCAAUGAUGGUGUUUUUUAAUUUGAUCGACAUUGCGGCAAUCAAUGCAAUGACUUUAUGGUUAUGUCAGAAUCCGGAUUGGCAUAGCCGGAAAAACUAUAUUCGACGUCUUUUUCUAGAAGAUCUCGGAAAAUCUUUAACAAACCCUCAUAAUGAACGUCGAAGUCAACAAGUUCGUCUUACAUCAAAGAUACAACUUGCUUUACAAUCACUUGGUUUUGAAUUAAAGCCAAAAAUAACAGUAAAUCAAGUACGUAUAAAUGAUCCUUCAAAACGAAGAAGACGAUGUUAUAUGUGUCCAACACAUCCUGGUCGUAAAAGUCAACAAGUGUGUGACAUAUGCAAAAACAAUGUCUGUAGAUCUCAUUCAUCCAGCUUCACCAGUGUUAUUUGUCAAUUAUGUGAAAAAAAUAAUUCAACAGCAUGA